AUGGACAAGACAAAGCGCAGAACUCAGGUGACAAAAACUCAAAGAGGUGAAGGUCCUGACAAGGCUAGAGCCAAACAGAGGGAUGGAUCCGGGGAGGGAAAUGGGCGUGAUGCCACGGAAUGCAUUGCGCUUGGUGAUGCAAUACACCGAGUGCCACCCCGAUUGUGCAUGCGAUAUUCCCAAGUCGGAGAGAAGGCUUGGGGUGAUGGGUUUAAAGACCGGUUAGGACCAAUGAAGAUGAAAACUCUCGAUGCGCUACCGCAUGCGCUAGAUCAACAACCGAGGGCAAUUCCAGAGGCGUUGUUGCAGGCGCCAGCAUCGGCAAAAGUUCCCUCCUCCGCU